AGUUAAAUGAUUAAAAAAUUUAUUCUAAUCUAUACAAUAAUGAAAAGAAGGAUUGCAAAUAUUGGAGAGCCUAAUGAAGAAGAAUAUGAAAAUUCUAAAAAAUAAUUCCAAAAAUUAACUCAUUUAGCUGAAAAUUGGGUUGAUAGAAAUAAAAUUGAAAAUGAGAAAUCGAGAAAGGAGUAAAUAGAAAUUAAUUCUAAGUAUAAAAUUUUAAAUGAUGAAAAAUGUUUGAUUUUCAUAAAUUUAAUUAAUUACAAAAGGUCGAAGAACUUAAAAAAUAAUAUGAAAAAAUAUAAAGAAAUAAAAUUUUCUCUAAAUGAUUUAAAAGACCCAUCAAACUGUGUCAAAAAUUCUUUCAUUUAAGAAAUUGAAAUAUGA